AUGAAUGAUUCACAAGUUGAAGCAGUUAAUUUGCCAAUUUCAAUACUAGAUGCAGAGUUUUGCUAUGCAAUGACUCGGUACGCGAAUAAUAUUGUAAUUAAAAAUGCGACCUUCAUGACAAGUAUUGCGAUACCGGAAAACUGUCAUAUCAACAGUCUUGCAGUCUUUCUAUCGACAGUGAAGCAGAUCGAGUUCGAACAAAACAACUACAUCAAGCAACUAGUAGUGAGAAUGAGUGAUUUGCGCAAAAUUCCUCCAACAAUACAUAAGUUGGAGAAUCUGCUCGAAGCUACAUUUCAAAUUUCUUAUCUAGAAUCUGUGGAUUUGAGUUUGUUUUGCCCAUCAGCAAGUAUUCUGAAGUUAGACUUGUUUCGAAACAAUAUUACAACCGUAACGGGCGUUAGCAGGGACGUAGUAUGCCAAUCGGCUUUGAAAAUAAUUAAUCUGAAUGGGAACAAAAUUAAAGAGCUAAGUUUGGACGUGUUUUCAUCAUUCAAAAGGCUAGUCAUGUUGGACUUGUCACAAAACAAGCUUGAAUCACUCGGAGGAAGUCUCGCCAAUCCAGAGCUAAAGCAGCUAUCAUUGACGAACAAUCAGCUGACGGUGUUGGAUAUGUGCACAUGGUCGAAACCAAUCGAGAAGCUUGGAUUGCACGUGGCGCACAAUAAUCUGACGGAAAUUCCGCGGUGUAUUGAAGCGUUGGGAGAUGUAACGUUUGUUGAUUUAAGGUUCAAUCGUAUCAGAGAAGUGGAUGUACAAGCAUUGCACAAACUGCCCAAGUUGGAGUGCAUACAUUUUGCGUACAAUAAUAUUACCGCGAUUCCCAUGGAUGAAAGCUUGUACCCACCAACGCUGAAAAUUCUUAAAGUGCAUAACAAUCCGCUGGCCAAUGUAAGCACACCAAUAGUUUCGUUUAAUAGGUUAAACAUAAUUCUUGAUCGUCGAUCUAUUAGUUAUGGAUAA